AGGAGGAGUUUGCUAAAAGUCUUCAUGCUAGCAUGGAUAACAUUCUGGAUGAAAUUGCCCAGUUGAAACACAAGCAAACAAUAGUUAAAGCAGCACUACAAAAUGCUAAAUGGAAGCAAUCUAAUCUGACUCGUAGAAUAUUAAAGCUUGUUUCAGCACAAGAAGUAGAAAGAAAGCGUGGAGUUCCGUUAGAUCAAACAGAAGAACAGAUUCGUAUGAGAUUAGAGGAUUUAUAUCUGCAGUUGAUGCAACCUACACAGUACAGGGGCUGCCUGAAUGAGCUCAUGGCACAGAUGUCUGUCAAACCAGGGAACUCGAGAGGAAAUCCACGCUAUGGUUUGGUUGGGGACAAAGAAAAGGACAUAACACUAUAUAUUGCAAAGCAACAGGAUGCCCUUCAGGCUGUUGUAGGUGUGCUGAAAGACGAUAUGCAAACUGUAGACAAUAUUGUUGAGGAAAUUCAACGGAAAGGCUAAUUCUUCUUUAUUUGAAACUUGUGUUUGAUGUUCAUGGCAAUCAGAUACCCAGGAAAAUGUGGUGCAGUUGUCUUUUGUAGGACUGUUAAAUAAAAUAAAUCAAAGUAUAUUUACUAUUGUGCCAAGGAAUAUUUAACAGUAGUGUACAUGGAGGAUUUUUAUUACCAUAAAUUUUAACUGACAAAAAUGAAAAAGAUUCCAUGUAUCAUUGAGAGAGCACUUUUAUUGUCUGACAAGGAUAAUUUGUAAAAGAUUGUGUUCAGAUGAGAUGUUAGCCCUAGAUAAUAUGGAGGCCUUUGUGGUUUAAUAAACAUUUAUAUGGAGAUC